CGUAGAAUUUAUCUCAGGCGCGUAAAGCUCAAAACCCUAAAUUUUGAUAGUUCACAAAUGUCGUCCACCGCUUCAGCCUUCACGGACGGCCAACCACCGUGGAAGAAGAAGAAGCCGUCGAAAGAUCCGACUCCGAACCCGUCCAUUCCAUAUGAUUUGAUAGUGAGCAUAUUAGCCCGUGUCUCGAGAUCGUAUUACCCAAAACUCUCCUUAGUCUCCAAAAGCUUCCGAUCGAUCCUUGCUUCACCGGAGCUAUACCAAACCCGAACCCUCUUAGGCAAAACCGAGACUUUUCUCUACGUUUGCUUACGCUUCCCUGAUGAAGCUAACCCUCGCUGGUUCACUCUUUACCAGAAACCUAAUCAAACCCUAACUAAGAAGAAGAAGAAGAAGAAGAAAGAGGAGUCAAGUGUUAAACUUUUGGCUCCAACCCCAGUUCUCAAUUCUCCUCCUUUGGAAUGGUCAAGUCUCAUCGCUGUUGGUUCUAAUCUUUACGCCAUUACCGCAGCCAUCGACGAUUCUCCAUGCUCUAACGUUUGGUACCUUGACUGCCGAACUCACACUUGGCUUGAAGCUCCAAGAAUGCGACUGGCUCACACCAAUAGUAAGUUUGAUGGGACUAUCUAUCCGCCCAGAAGACGGAUAUUCAAAUUGGAAAAUAUGGAAGGAAAGAUUUACGUGAACGUUUGUGUAGAGUCUACUAAGGAGGUUGUGCUUGUAACGCCAAAGAUUAUGACAUGGGAAGCGUUAAAUUUGGAUUUGGAUCGGGGUUCUCUUUGUACGAUAGAUAACGUAGUCUAUCUUUAUAACCCUAGUGGAGUAUUUCUAUUUAGAAAAAGUUUCAUUAAGGAAGCAGUAGUUUGGAGAAUAUUACGGGGUUUAGAAAGGCUGCCUAAGUUUGCUAAAUACAGUGCUGUUAAAUUAGCGGAUUAUGGUGGUAAGCUGGUUGUUUUGUGGGACAAGUAUGUAGCUGCAAGUGGGUAUAAGGAGAAGAUGAUUUGGUGUGCAGAGAUUUCGCUUGAAAAGCGCAACAAUGAAGAGAUUUGGGGGAAGGUCGAGUGGUUUGAUGCGGUGCUUAGAGUCCCUAAGUCUUACAAAAUCUUGUGUGCUACUGCUGCUACUCUUUGAUUAAAUGACUCAUGACACAGCUAUAUAUGAAGCUUUCUUUUAUUUAGUAUGUCACAGUUGAAGGAAUGUCUUGUGUUUUUAGCGGGAUGCAGUUGACAUUGUUUUUGCCUUAUAAAUAUUCCGUGACUGUCUCUUUGAUAAACCCUUUGAUGCCAAACUCUUUCUGCUACUGUUUAAUGACUCAUGAGAAAAGCGGGCAAUGGUCGUUUUUGUUCUGAAUGUAUGUGUUUGCC